AUGGAGAGUGGUUCUGGUGCUCGCAGGUGGUUCCCGGAGUCUCCUCGGUGGUUGGCGUGCAGAGGUCGCGAGGAGGACGCCCUGAGGCUGCAGAGGCGCAUCGCCACCACCAACGGCGGGCGGCUGCCUCCGUUCGCUCCGCGGGUGAUGCGGACCGUGGCCAAGGCCCAGAGGGACAGGAAGGGCUUCCUCAGCCUCUUCUCCAGCUGGAACGUCUUCAAGAAUACGGUGCUGCUCAUCGCUGUAAGGUCUGCGCACGUACUGACGCAGUUCUCACUGUUGUUGCUGGCUGGUGGCGUGGGCGUGAAACCCUUCCUGACGCUGGUGGCGCAGGGCGCGGUCCAGCUGCCCUCUGUCUACGCCGUACACAUCUGCGCGGCGCGCUUUGGCCGCCGCUGGACCGGUGUGGGCUGUGCUCUGCUGGCAGGGGUCACCUGCGCGGCCGCCUUCUGCAUGCUGAGGGCUGGCAUCAUCGGACUGCCUAUCACGGUGAUGGCUGUGAUAACGCAGAUCUUCACGACGGGCACAAUCGCCAUGGCCAACUUGCAGAGUGUGGAGGUGCACCCCAAAUGUCUGCGGCAGAUCGCGGCCUGUGUCGAGUGGACCGCAGCUGCCAUCAUCAUGUCUGCUCUGCCAUACGUGGCCCUCAUGCCUUCACUCUCUACACUUCAAGAAAGUAUAUCGAACGAGGUGGCGCAGUUGUGA